AUGAUGCUCAACUCAGACACCAUGGAGCUGGACCUGCCCCUCACCCACUCGGAGGCCGAGUCCGGCUUCAGCGACUGUGGGGGCGGGACGGGCCCCGACGGGGCGGGGCCCGGGGGGCCGCGAGGGGGACCGGCCCGGGGCCUGGAGCCCGCAGAGCCGGGCCGGAAAGACCUGCAACACUUGAGCCGCGAGGAGCGCCGGCGCCGGCGGCGCGCCACGGCCAAGUACCGCACGGCGCACGCCACGCGGGAACGGAUCCGUGUGGAAGCCUUCAACCUGGCCUUCGCCGAGCUGCGCAAGCUGCUGCCCACGCUGCCCCCCGACAAGAAGCUUUCCAAGAUCGAGAUCCUGCGCCUGGCCAUCUGCUACAUCUCCUACCUGAACCACGUGCUGGACGUGUGAACGCGGCCUGCCUCCCGGCUGGGUCCACCCGUCCGCCCCGCGCCUCGCCGGGGUCCCUGCUCACCUGCUCCCUGCUUAGGACGGCCUCUCCUUCCUGAGCCCCCGCACCUCGGCAUGGCAUGUCCCCACGGGCCCCGGGCCCGGGCAGAGUGCCCACAUGAAGGCGACUUUCCCUGACUCACCCAGGCCCCCGGAGGGCUCCUCUCUGGGUACCUUCCACGGGUCUUGGUCGGGGCCCAGCUGGUUAGAAAUGUCCGCUGGGCUGGCGGGUAUAGUCUUGGCGUCUCCCCCUUGGCUCGCUCAUGGGCUGCUGCCUCUCCUACUCCUAGUCCCAAAUUUUCAGAGACUUCCCCGACCCCUCCCCAGACCCCAACUCUGCCUCCCACCCUCGUUCUACCCCGCCCCAGCUUCUCCUGCCCAUAGCAGGGAGGGGGCAUGGGAACAGGAAGGGGGAAGGCUGGGAUUGGAGUGGGGUGGGCUUUUCUUAAGCAUCUCAGUCUGGCCCUGGGAGGCAGGGGCCCGGGGAGUUAACUCCUCUGAGGGGCAUCUCAGUAGCUGGGAACUGUGGGAAAACUCCCUGUUUUCUAUCUCUUUCCUGAGGCUUAGCUUAUACAGACCUCGGUUCUUACUUGGUGGUGAGUGCCUUGCCCUCUCUGAGCUAUUUGGCCCUCUCCCUUCCCCUUCCACCCAACCAUCCCAGUUUGCUUCUUCCUUGUGUUCAGCUAGAGAAAGGGAAACCUAGAUCUUGGGGUAGGGGAGCGUAUCCCCAGACUCAGCCCAGAGUAUCUGCAAAAGGCCCAGCAGGGGGUGGGCUGGAUCUGCUUCCUCCUUCCCCGCCCACCACAGAGAUGUGAGAAACCCCACUCUGUCCGAUGCAGGGGUUAUGCCCUGUUAUUGCCCUCCGGGAAAGCUCAGCUCUUCUGCCCCGUGACUUGUUCAUUGUAUUUUUUUCUCUUUCCUUAAGCUGCCUUUAGCAGGGGAGAGACCCCUACCCCACCCCUCCUUGUGGUCCUCUUGUCCCCACCAUCCCCCCCACGUUGCUGAGCCCACCUGCUCACUAGCUGGGGUCAAUGACAGAAUGAAGGGCCGGAGAACCCGUGUAGAAGAGAUGCAGUCCCACACUUUCCAUGUUCCACCUUCCUCACACCAAACUCCUCGCUCUACAAGGAUGUUAUUUAUUUACGUAUUUAUUUAUUUAUUCAUCUAUUUAUUUACUUAUUUAUUUAUAAAUAUUACUAUUUAUUGCCGAGUCGUGCACUUUGGGGUAGAGUGAGGAGGCUCCUGGCAGCCCUCGCCUGGCCUCUCUUACUUCCUCCCUGGUUAUUCCCUUCCCUUUCUUGUUCCUUCUGCAACUCCAGGUGUGUGGGGGAUCCCUUUCCCUCACCACACCCAUAUCCCCUCCUAGGAUCCAUCUGUCCUGACACCCUAAUCCUCUGGGAUGAUACCCCCUUUACCCUCCCAGUGCUC